AUGAGAACAAAAACCAAAACGCAGAAAGAAACUCUUCCUCUCCAUUUGGCUCUCACGAACCAGCAAACCCAUUUUCCUCUUCAUAUUCCUCUUCGUCAAUCUUCCGACCUUCUCACUCUUUCCGCUCCACCUACUGCACACACAAACACCACCACUUUCGAACUCCCUCCGCCACAACAUACUUCAUCAUCACCGAGCAUCACCACCACAACCGUAUACCUUCUUUUCCCACUGCCACCGAGCUCAACGCAGAGACCCAUCGUCCCUGCUCAUCUCUUCCUCUCAGACCAACCAUCCCGCGAGCUGCCAUCACCACUCCAACGUUCAGCUCCUCUCCGUCCAACCAAACUCCUUCAACAUCACUUUUCUUCAUUUUUUGGGGUCUCAAUGGUAGCUGUUGGCCAGGAUGAUGUAUUGGGCUAUGGCGACUUUUCCAAGGAGCAGGAUGAGCUAAAGGAAAAAUGUGAGGCUCUUGAGUGUAGCAAUUUUAAAGCUAAAAAGGAGUUGGCUGAACUAUGGGAAAAGACCGAGUCUACCGAAUCUUUGUAG